AUGCGUUCUUCUGACCAGACCCAUGCGAAGAACAUCUUCGACUUCUUCCUGAGCGACAAGCGCAGUCGAGCUGGAGCGAGGGCUGGACUCAAUGCUACUCUCGUUCACAGAGCAUCACUUGGGUCGCCCCUGAACGGCCAUGUCAACUGGGACUGGCCAUUCCCUACUCCCAUCGUUCCUGCUGCCAGAAAUCGGGACCCCGUUAUUUCCCGACCUACCGAUGGCUUCGAGCUCAGCUCCUCCAUGUCUCCCACUUCUGACACCUCUUUUAUCGGUCCCACUGUCCUUCCAAGCCACUUCUGCGAGAAUAUCCCAUAUCUUUGCGACCCACUCGCCGCACAGGAGUUUUACAACACCACCUUCGACCCUGAGCUCAUUGCGCUCCUGAACGACACGGACGCCGCCGUGACUGCUGUCCUCGCUGCACUGGACACAGACAGCUCCUCUACAACUGCUGGUCUUACUUUCGCUGAGGCAUCCAUUCCAAUCACAAGCACAAGCCUGGGGCCCUCUUCCACCUGCUUGGUCGGAGUCACCGACUCAAUUCCAGCUUCUGAUCUUCCGAUCGUCGAUCUGAUCACCCCAACUCGAGAAAUAGCCCAUGAUUCAGUCCCAAUGACGCGCAUAACCCGAGACACUGCACCUACCUCCUCCUUCCAAGCCAUCAAUCCGUCUAUGAUCAUAACCGCACCCUACUCUCUCGACUCAAUUGAUCUAACUGACAGCCCGCCCAACCUGCCUGCUCAGAUCGGCGACGUCUCUCAGGUGGGUGAGGCAAAGAGAGCAAUUCUCGUACCGAAUGCGAAAUCGCAUGCUUCGGUUGCCAUGCAAGCCUCGAGCGAAGACCCCAAAGCGAUAUCCCACCCCGACGAGCUCCUCGCCUCGAGUGCUUCGCAGGAUCGCACCUACUCCUCCAGCAUCGGUCAAUGA